CACAAAACUGUGGGAAGAAAGAAAAAGGGGUGAGAGUAGCAACACUCUAGAGAAUAAACUGCGCCUGUUCUGAGAAAAAAUCAAGAACCCCAUUUCAUACUAGGGGAAAAAGAUAAGAUCUUUGGCUGUUCAUUGGAAUUAUCUUAGGAAAAUCAUUGAAUCUUUCAACAAAAAUCUCAUCUUUUUUCAGUUUUUGGGAGUUCUCUGCUUCAAAAGAAGGGUCUUUGAAGAUAAUCUGGUACUGUAUCUAAGCAUAGAUCUUGAGAUAGAACAAAAAGGUAUGGAUAAGUUACAGUGGGGAAACAGAAAAAGACUAAGGUGUUUCAAGGUGAAAGAUUCAACUUCAAAUGGGAAAUCUGAUGGUGGUGUUGUAGUGAAGAAGAAAAUCACAUCUCGAGUUGUUGAUAAUACCAAGGAAUCUACUCUUCUUCCUCCUAUUUCUUCUCCUCAUCGUCUUAACAGGGAUCUAGGUGUGAAUAGAUCUAACGCGAAUGAGCAUCGUAAGACAUCAGUGUCAUCCCCCGAGAAGGAGGACCGAUAUUAUACAACGAGAGGGUCGGUAGGUGUAGAUGAUAGUAACAAGUUGUUCAUUGAUUCAAGGGAGGAAAAGAAAAAGAUGGUUUGGCCAAAAUUGCUUAUCACAUUGUCAAGUAAAGAAAAAGAACAAGAUUUUAUGGCCAUGAAAGGUUGCAAACUUCCUCAAAGGCCUAAGAAGAGGGCCAAAUUGAUACAAAGAACCGUACUUUUGGUGCAACCAGGGACAUGGUUGCAAGACUUGUGCCAAGAAAGGUAUGAAGUGAGGGAGAAGAAGACCUCUAAGAAGAAACCAAGAGGAUUAAAGGCUACGGGAAGCAUGGAAAGUGAUUCAGAAUAAAAUCUGGUGAAGAUGAGUGAGGAAACAAGGACAGAGCCAGAGACAGCCAGAUAGAUUUUUGGGAAUUCUUUUGGAAAUAGUUGCAGUUGAAGAUGGGCAAAGAUAGAAACUUUUGAUUUUAUUUUGGUGGCAGAGAGAGAAGAUGAGGAAAGCAAAUCUGAAAAUGAUGUAAUUUUUGGCAUAUUAUUCCUAAUAAUUUAAUCUCAUCUUGAAAAAUGAAUACUUCUUUUUAGGCCGCCUUAAUCUUUAUGCGUA